AUGUUCCUAGAGGACGGGCUGCAUUCAGACGACAAGGGUCUUCCCGUCGCUGCCGGCCGGGGGCCUCUGGUGUUCAAUGCCACUCUCCAGUGUGUGCCCUUCCACGUUUCUCCACCUCAGAGGGUCCCUGGUGACGUUUCACGGCCUUUGCGCACGACGGGGGAUUCGUACCUCAAAUCCUCAGCAGGGCGCAGCCCAGAGCUGGGUAUUGGGUGCCAGGCACGUCUGGUGAGACUCUACAACGGCCCUCCCGAGUCCCGCGUUCCCCGAAAGCGGAUCCUAGGAAGCGCACUACUGGGACGUGGACCGUACCGCAGCACUACGGACCUGCGUCAGCGUCCCCGUCAACCCGUCAGCUUCCUGCCCACUUUGGUUACCGGGGGGAAAGCAAGCAAGCAGUGGCACAGCACACAGCAUAGCAGCAAGUAA